GAAACGGGAAUGAACCCCGGACCGGAGAGGCGGGCGUCCGCGCGUCAAAACCACCGUAGCGGUAGAGCUGAAAUGCUGCUGUCACACACGUUUAGUGAGUAUUUGUAAACGAUUAACUAACCACUGUAACCACUAAAGCUCAAAAACACGAGUCCGGAGUAGAAACAUUUCUGCGCAUGACUGGCACGCGGAAGUGUUUUCCCCCAGUGCCGGAAGUGGCUGCGUUUGAAAGACUGGGUGGUAAACCGCCGCCGCCUCCUGUCAGCUGCGGGAUCGGAACUACGCAGAACUUCUCCGCCGCGCUGACGCGAAGUCCGAGGAUGCUUGCGCCAACUGCCUUCAGAGAUUUAGCUCCUGGUUUCACAAGUGGAACUCUUGCGGCGAUCUCGCUGUCAUGUAUCUCAUUUGCUAUCAAGGUGCAUUUCGACGUGACCCAGGCCGCCUUUAGUGUCGGUGCCGGCGUUUUUCAACGCGGACAUGUACACACGCUCAUCAUUUACCCGUAUUUCCACAACACCUCUAUCCAGCUCUUUCUCAACGUCGCUGCUCUGCUGCUCCUCUGUGGCCGUUUUGAAAAGAGCGUCGGCACUGUCCGUUUCCUUUUUUUGUUUCUGCUGCUUUCGACCUGCACGGGAUUGUGCUAUGCCUUUUUGGACCUUCUGCUGAGCGAUACACAAAUCCACGUUGAAGGGUUGGUCCCCACAGCCCUCGCCCUUUUGGCUGUGACUACUGUGCACACUCAAAUGACCAAAGCAUACCUUUUGGGAGUCAAUGUGCCUGCACUGGCCCUCCCAUGGAUAUUUCUCAUAAUAAUAACUGUCUUCAUCCCACAAACCGUGCUUCCCUGCAAUAUCAUUGCGAUUCUGGUUGGAUGGCUGUAUGGUAAAGGAUGGUUCUCCUUUGUGGAUAUGUCUGAGAACAGGGCCACAUUUCUGGAGAAGAUGGUGCUUUUCAGGUUGUUGAGGAGCAUCUGUGGUUCUUGCUUUAUCCCUGCUUCCACCGAGGAGCGAAGGAAGGCCCUCCUCCCCCAAAUCAGCCCAGCCCCUGGGUCCUACCCAGUCCAGGCCUAUGCUCCAUUAUCCAGCAUCAAUACCUCUGAGACCACACCCACGAUGACUGAAGGCUGGCCAAAUUCUGCAAGUGGCUCGUCUAGACCCAUGCCACCUUUCCCUCCCCAUGGACAUGAUCCAGCACAUAGCUUUUGGCCAAGUCACGGACACAGUUUAGAGCAAACGUUUAGUCAGCUGCCACCACAGGCCUUGUCCUAGCCACACCCAGCUGUAGCUGUGUGGUCCAUUUUGUCUGCUUCACAACGGGUGGCACUGGUUUGUCCAAAAUGUCCUUGCCUGGAACUGAUUUAUGCAUUCUGGUGAUUACCUGCAUCUUCCUUUUGUCUGUUUUUACAUCAAGCAUGACAGUGUAUGGUGGCUGGUCAAGGUGUGUUUUUAGCAUUAAUGCCACAGACUUGUUUUAUUGGGAGUUCAUUGGCCACACUGACAUUACUUAAAUGUGUAUGACAGAUAUUGAAUGUUGAACAUUCUUAAUAAAGGUUUUUUUUAAUAUC